CCUGAUCCUGUGGCUCAUUUACGCCGGCGUGUUGAGACUCUUGAAAGUCAGCAGAAGGCCUCCGACAUUGACGCGCAAAUAGUCCGCCUCUCUUCCUAUGGCCUGAGACCCGCAACGGGUUUUGACAAGUACUCUGCUCUUUCCAUGGCAGAAUCCUUGGCUUCAGACGCUAAACAGCACAACCAUCCUAAGGCAUCGUUUUUAGCUGUUGCCUCUCAGACACUGGGUGGUUACCUUCAGAAGCCCACUAAGCUUUUCCAGGCGUAUUUCCUCGCCUUAUUUGCCGACAAGGAGUAUUUGCAGAUCCUGGAUCGCAUCUCUAAGGUUGACAAGUCCUUCCGCGUAGAAACCACCCAGCGUGUUGCCAAUUUUCAGGAUAUGCCUGGUUCCUCUGGCAGGGGAUCAAAUAGAUUGUGGCGUGUAGUCUGUUUCUACUGUGGUCUGCCUGGCCAUACUGCUCCCAGAUGUUUUCACUGUUUGCAGCCUGGCAGUUGUUUUUCUCAGUAUUCUAGGCCUUCGCGUGGGCAUUCUGUUAAUCAGUAGCUGCUUUCCGCUUUUCAUUUCCCUGUGAAUCAGCUGGUUAGCCACAAAUAAAUUUGUUAAUUGCUACUAGUUUUGUGUGUCCUUUUUCCCUUACCCGCUCUAGGGUGGCAGUUUUGAAAGGGAGUCAAUUUCCCUCUCAGUUUUUUGAGGCUCAAACUGCCAUCCCCGGAGCCACCUCCUCCAUUUUUAUUUGCCCAUUUUCCUUCUCUUUUAGCCCCCUUCCAAGUUUUUAAGGGUGUUUCUCGUACCAUUCCAGAGUGGGAAUUUACGGCAGAUUUCGACCCUACAAGUGUUGUCAGUCCUUCAGUUCGUUGGGUCAGCUUUGAUGGCUCACCUCUUGAGGUGGCUCAGGGGAUGGCAGAAGGCAACACGCACAUUGCAUCUCAGUUCGUAGAAGAUGUUAUAAGUGGCCAGGCUCGCGUGGAUGUUGCCAUGCUCGCCUUCAGAGAUCCCGACUCUUUUGUUGCUGGUAACCUACACAAUCAUUUUCCAGCCUGGGAGGGCAUCGCCAACAUUGCCCCGUUUGAUCUUAUGCCCAAGAUUUUGCUGUGGAUCAAGAACUGUGUUGACGUGCAAGAUUUCUUUCAA